UAGUCUGCGAUUCGCUUAAAAUCUGCGUUGCCAAGACAUCACAGACAGUUUACAAAUAUGUCGACUUUAUAGUUUGAAGUAAACCAAAUGGCUAACGUAGCUGAUAUAUUAUUUUCCUCGUCGAUUUCACGCCAGGUCACAUGUGUUUUACUGAUCAUUUCCUUGGCUCACGCUCAAAAUAUUGUCGAUUUCCAGCCGUCAUAUCUGAUCGCAACUGGACCAACGGUCGCUGCACUUCUGGUCGGAAACACAUCGGACGUCUCUCUGAGUCUGAGGACAGUGUCUCCAUCCAACACAACAGGACGUAUUGGUUCUCCAUCGUGUGUAGCUGAGGAAACACAAUGGGUUCUUACAAGGGAGCAGGUCGGAAAGACUGCAAUUCGAGUUCAGCUGAGACUGGAUAAAAGUCUGCGUUUGUGUGCCGAGAAUGAGACAGACACAGACUGCUGUCCAAACCCAUUGUGUGUGUUGGAGACCCUUCAAGUGGCUGCAUGUGUGGGCAGCACACCUCAGGCAUCGCUGCUGAUCCAGGCCAAGAUACAUGCCCUGUUGGUUCCUGCUAAUGCUGGAUCUGAUAAUAAAACAGCCAUUCCAAACCAGGUGUACCAACCACUGGGCUCUUGUCCCUGUGACCUCACGUCUAGAGCAUGUGAUAUACGCUGCUGCUGUGACAAGGACUGUUCCAUGGAAGAUUUGAAGCUGUUUGUGUCUCACUGUCUCCCAGGGCCCUUUGGUGGACAGGUGUCUCCUGCUCCAGACUAUCAGUGCUCUGUGCAGUCUUCUGAAAACUCCCCAGAUUGGUUUCCAUUUUUAUGUGUCAGUUCUCCUCCUGAGAACAACCCUUACCUUGGUCUCUUUUACCAAGGAGACACAAUUGCAUAUAAGCCUGGUCCAUCCUUCCAAAUGCCUGUUUUGUCAGCUCCAGAACCAGCUAAUGAUUAUGUUCAAGGAAGUCCCAUUUUCACAUUGAAUGACCAGUACUUCACUAUUCCUCAGAAGGUGCUUGGACAAUGUGUAAACAAUGCUCCUGUAGCAUUUCUGAAAAAUUUCAAAGUCAAGUGUGUAACUCUGCUACACUCCUGUCCAACUGGAUAUCCCUUACAGACGCUACUAACAGAUUUGAGAAUUAAAGUGAAGAAUGGGCAAGGGGGUGAUGCUAUAGUGGAUGUAACUGAUGAAGUGGCUACUGACUUGAGUCAGUUUAUUUCAAGACCAGGUUCUGUUGCCUCUUCAGAUGAGAUGCUGGCGUGUGAGAAUGUGACCUUAGCACUGGAUUACAAGUUCUACUGGAGAGAAAAUGGCAUCACAAGCAUCGUACUGACACGCACUGUGGGAACCAUCACUUUAAAUGAUAGUGUGGUGUUAACCACAAGAUAUUCUGCUGUGUUUCUAAAUGGAGAAUUCAUGGGUGAGCCAAAAUCAGGAAACCCAGGUUAUCAAGUUGGAAGACCUGUUAUUGCUGGAAUUGUGGACACUUUGGACAAUUAUACAGGCUCAAUACAGAGGACAUCCAUCAAUCUUUGGAAACCAGUGAGUGAUGGGCUGUGUUCCGCUGCUGAGUUGAAACCAGUUGUGUUUGGGGAGAAUUCAACAUCAGGAUGUCUGCUACCUGUCAGCCGACAGAAUCUGACUCAGUGUGAUCUCUUGAGAGAGACUGUUACUUCUCUCCAGGGAGCUUUGAUUAAAGCCACAUAUGUGGCAAAGAGCGGAAAUCCAGAUCCUCUAACUAUGACCGACUGGGUGAACAUAAGCUCUGUGACACUGAACUCAAGCACACCUAUGGAAGACACUGCAAGUUCAUGCUAUGGGGUUCCAUCCCACCAGCAUGUCUAUGUUUGGAGUCUCGUCACUGGCUUUGUAGAUGGCAUACCUCAAAGAGAUAUCCAUGCUGUCAAAGUUAGCUACAGCCCGUCCCGCUGGGCACUGGAUUGUGGAGGAGGUGAUGUCUCUCCAUGUGUGGACCCAAUGGAGACUCAGUUGUUCCCCAUCACUUCUUCGGUCACCUUUAUCGACAUUCCAGUCAACACAGGACCACCAAAAACCAGGUUUCAGAUCAACUUCACAGAGUAUGACUGUAACAGGAAUGAUGUAUGUUGGCCUGAGCUCGCCUUUCCCAUCACCAGAUAUUACACAGGUGAACCAUAUUCUCAAUCACUGGCUAAGGGCCUCAUCUUGGUUUUCUUCUUUAUUGCUGCCUCAGUUCUUGGGACUCCAUGGAGACAAAUUCGACAGGCUUGGAAUGGUGCUGCUCUCUGAAUCCCGGAGGAAAUGAUGCGAACAAUGUAGAGGCAGACACAUAUGUGGUGGUGGGGAGGGUAUGUUUGUGAGAAUGUAAAUAGUUGUAAUAAAGAUAUUUUUUCAAAGAC